GUCUUCGAGACUAUCCCUGUCGCAGACCAAAUUCAAGCGCUUUGGAGGGACCCCAGCAGUGCGCAAAAAAUGCGAUACUGGGAUGAUGCCACCAAUGCUCUUCUCGACAAGCUCAGGGAAAAUGGUGAUGUCAUUGAUGCUUACGAAGAUUUCUUUCAUGGAACAGACUAUCUCGAUGCUGUCAGAUCAGGAAAGAUAAAGGAUGGUGAUCCUAUACUCAUGCUUUCGAUCGAUGGUGCUCAGCUGUAUGAGAGUAAGCUAUGA